AUGCCCGAGUUAAAGAAAUAUCUCGGUAAAGUCUACCUAUGGCAAUAUGUCCCCAGUCUCGUCGGAUCAAUCAUCUUCACGCUUCUCUUCGCCCUCGCAACAGUAGCCGUUGGAUAUAAAAUGCACAAGUCAAAAACACGCUUCUGUCUCCCUUUCUUCCUUGGUGGCGUCUGCGAAGUACUGGGCUACUUCUUCCGAGCUCUAUGCUACAAUGCCACCGACUCGCUCCCUCUCAAUAUCAUGCAAGCCCUCUUUCUCCUCCUGCCACCCGUGUUCUUCGCAGCGACAUUAUACAUGGUCUAUUCUCGUCUGGUCAGAGCUAUAGGUGGAGAAAGUUGUUCACUCAUCUCCGUUCGCUGGACGACUCGGUUUUUCGUCCUUGGAGAUGUUCUCACGUUUAAUAUCCAGGGGAAUGGCGGCGGACUGCUCGCGAAUGAGGAUCUUGUUCACAUCGGAAAUAUCAUCGUUAUUACCGGCCUUAUCGCCCAGAUCUUACUCUUCCUCGCUUUUGUAGCCUGCUGCGUUGUAUUUCAUCGACGGUUCAGGGUCUAUUUGAGGCAUUCUGGCAUCCCUGCGACGGUCCGUUGGGAGGCAUAUCUAGAUAUGCUUUACUUCACAUCAACUCUCAUUUUAGUUCGAAAUAUCUUUCGAGUUGUCGAGUUUGCCAUGGACAAGGAGGGAUAUUUGCAGCAGAAGGAAUGGCCGACUUUUGUAUUUGACUCGGUUUUGAUGCUUUUUGUCAUGGUUGCAUUCUAUAUGAGAUAUCCUGGCAAUCUUCUGCCGCAUUCGAGAGACUCGGCGAUUGAGCUUGUGCCAAAGGAUGAGUCUCGGACAGGAGAAGCUGGUGCUUCAAAUAACAUGGAGCACAGAUAG